AUGGCGAGCAGGACCAUAAUACGGCUCAAGCUUCCCCAGAAGAAGGCUCCGGUCAAACCACCGGUCAAGCGACGCCGGUGCUCAGACACCUCAUCAAGUUCGCUUGAUCUAUCCGACGAUGGAGGCUACUCCGCCGUUGAGGAUGUCAGUGAUGAUGAGGAUGACGACGAGGAGGAUGUCUACGCGGCCGAGGCAGAGCAUAUAAUCAACCGUGUGACGCAACCAAAGCACACAGCUAGCUCUUCUCGGCCACAACUUGAAGACAGCGACGACGAGGAUGAGGAUGAAGAAGAUGAGGCCGACGACGAAAACGAGGAAGAAGAAGAGGAGGAAGACGACGACCAGGAAGACGACCUCCCAGAGUGGAAUGGCAUAGUAUCAGACCCUGAAGAUCAACCUCUCGUCGAGCAACAGCCCGUGGAGCGGCAUGUCCGUUUCACAGGCGUUCCCGACUCUGAUUCGGAUGACACGUUGUCAGAUGUCUCCGACUAUAACCAAGAGUUCUUCCCCGACAUUUUUGUUGAGCAGGCGUCGCUCGAUCCUGCUUUUCGCCGUCAAGUUGAGCAGGAUCCCGACGAUACGUCUAGUGUCGGCUCUUUCUGGGAUUUUGAAGAUGCGCAUGAUCAAAUGUUCGCCCCCCAAGGCUCUCUGGUUACAGAAGAUGCCACUGGAAGUCAGCUUGCAAGUGCGGCCUCCACGCCCGCCCGGAAUAUUGAGGAGCUUGAUGAUAGCUCGGAGUCUCUGGACGGUUAUGAGACGGAUGGCGAAACCACGGAAGAGGACAUACCUACAGAGCCACUCAUCCGCAAGAAACAAAUCCGUCGCAUCGAGACCGCUGAUGGCUCGUCAGAUUCAGACACUGCAAGUCCGGCCAAGUCAGCAAAGGCCGCCAAAACUUCUAUCCAGCGAUUUCGCAGCAAAGCUGGCAAGCCCCGCGUCGGGCAUUUCGAUUUGGACAACAAUGAUAGCAAGCCCGUGGGCGUUAUGGAUCCUGUUACUCGCAAGAUGAUCAUCUUCACCCCGUCCAAGACACGGCGCUUGGAGUUGUCUCAAGAGUCUCUCAACUGGCAAGAUUCUGAGAUUACCAACAUGAUUGGCAUGCAGCAGUCCCCAAUUCUCAGCAACUCGGGGAGCAUGAUGUUUGGCGCCAUGUUCUCCAACAAUGCCAUGGGAGACUUUAUGAACAAUUUGCCCGUUGGGCCGGAGGAGGCAUUCUAUCCUCUCAACUCGGAUGCCAUGUCCUACUCGGAUGACUCCACUGGAUCCGAGAACAUGGAUUUUGUUGGCGACGAAGGCGAGAAGGACCUGAAGCUGGAUGAUUUCCUCAUCUUUGAUUCUAAUGACACCGGGGAUGAGGCGGAGACGGCCAAUCCUUCGGAAGAUGAGAAUGAUGGCGGCGCAACGCCUACUCCAGGGCGCCGUCAUUCUGUCGCCGCUAGCUCAGUCAGCGAUGCCACAGUCAACGGCAAUGGCGACAUCCACCCGCUGCUGGCCCACUUCGAUCGUAAUUCCGAAAAGGUCGGGGCUUUCCGUCGCGAUCAGGUCAAUAAGCAACUCAUCCUGAGCGACAUGGCAACUGAAGAGUCGUUGCUCUUCUCUAAUGGGUACUCGAACCCAAUCAGGGGCGUCAGAAGUGACAGUCUGAAUAACAUCACAGCCCCCUUGACACCUGUGCGACGGCGCAAGUCAUCAGUCAGUGCAUACCAGCACAUGAUAAGCAGUCCUCUGGACAGCGUUGCCCAGAAACGUAAAGCGUCCUCCAACCUCAACGAGGCGCACAAGAGGCAACGGAGCAUCUCAGACGUCCGGUCACUGCAGAUAUGA